AAGAAGUCGAGUUUGAACGAUACGUUGUUAAUUUGCCUGAUGACAAGAUAGUAGAAAGACAGACCAGGCGAUGCAUUUCCAGAAAAGAUAUACAGAUUCCCACGAACGCUAUCAUCAUUGACCUCACAAGAAUCGAUAAAGAACCGGAAAAUCGAACUGAGAAGAUCGAAGUGAUCGAUCUAACUGUUGAUGAAGAUGCAGAAAAACUAUCUCGUAUCACAAAAGAUAAAAAAAUCAGCGAAACCGCUAAAUCGAUGAUUCCUGAAAUCAUCAAUGAUGUAUUAAGAGUCAUCUUUAAACAUGUUAUUGAUGAUAUAUUCGAAAACAUACUUAAAGACAAAAAUGUGGGAAAGGAAGCUAGAAGCAUCAUAUGUAUUGACAGAAGAUUCAACAUUCUUUUCACCAAUGUUUUCUUUAAAGAACUCGAUUACUACGUCAAAAAAAUAAGAGUUUUUGAAACUGUAUCUGAAGAUGAGAUAACCUCUGAAAUCAAUGAUGUCAAAAAUACAGAACUCUUAGAAUCACUCCCAGAAAUCAAAAUGUACAAAAGUGAAUUUCUACUGAGA